AUGCGACUGGUUUACUCCAUACAUUCGACUCACAACUGGAAACUGGAAAACAGGCAGUUCAGACGGGAAACAAAAAUGGCUGACGAGGCACUCUCUAUUUACGAUGAAAUCGAGAUUGAAGAUAUGACCUUUGACGCUAACCUACAAAUUUAUCACUACCCGUGCCCAUGUGGCGACCGCUUCGAAAUCGCAAUUGACGACCUUCGAUAUGGCGAGGACAUUGCAGUUUGUCCGAGCUGCAGCUUGAUGAUCAAGGUUAUAUUCGAUCAGUCUGAUCUUCCCAAGGAAGAAAAGAAGGAGACGGAAGGCGUUUCGGUCAAAGCUUAAGGAACCGUACAACUAGGGAAGGGAAGCAGUAUAGCUCAGGGGAUAUGAUCAUCCUUCUGCAACAGGCUGUGAAAAUGCUGCACUGGAUUGUUCGUUCCCAGGCGUCAAUGAGACGACACCACAUCGAAAACGUUAUCGCAAUGUUUGAGACCUAGCGAAAACAUCCCAUCCACUGCACGCCCACCAUACCACAGCUUAUGGCAACUGCAUGCAUCUAGUGAGACGAUGCUGGGCUCCAAGUCGUCCCACCACCCUGGGAAAGAUACUGGUCCCUCGGAUCGAAACGAAAUCUGGCACCGCCGGCUCCUAAUUCACGAUGGCAUUUUGAUAGGUCGAAUUGGUCAAUAACUCGAAGCCAUCUCAAUUGUCUUUAUGUCAUCGAAGAAUUUGCCUUCUGACAGAAAAACAUGGUAUAGACUCUCUCGUGUAGGAGGAACUGACUGAACGUCGUUGUAUCUACCCUUAUCGGGCAGCAGAUCAUGGAUUCAUGGUAAUUGAGACCGCGUCUUCAUAUCACAGUUAGUUACUACUGCUUGCAGUCAAGCCAAGAAAUCUGUUUAGAG